AUGGCGAAGCGGACGAGCGACAAUGCCGCUGUCCCCAGCCCAAAACGUAUCAAUCGGGACCAACAUGAGCUGCUACCCGCCACUCAGCCCAUGCUGAUGCCCGUUUAUUUCAUACCAAACUCAACACAAGGGGGAAACAUACAGACGCCAGCCAUGCCCAUGAUGAUUCCCUCAAAUUUCCAAGCACCAAGCACGGACAUGCUUCACGCUAUGCAAGGCGCGUUGCAGGCUGCAGCGAAAUGCCUUCUCGCUCGUCAAUCGCCACCAUCAACUGGUCCUGGGACGAAAUCAAUGCCCAUUGAGAUCGACGACGACGACGAUGACCACGUGGAAUCUCCUACGCCUCCCAAGCAUCAAGCCGUGGAGACGCACCACAAAGCGCCGCUGCAACAAGACUUCUCACCAAUGAGCGAGAAGGCAAAGGGACUGUCGUUCGAGGAGAUCGCCAAUCGUCAUCUUAAGGCCAGAACUCAGGACGGACUCCGAGAGCAGUGGAGCAACCUCGAACCGGGACUGGUCCCGCCCCACUGCCGGAAAGCAAAACGAAAACUAGAACCGAGACUCCAUGCUCCUCUGCUAGUGGAACUCGAGUGUUAUUCGAUCCUCGUGUCUCCGCCCUUUCUGGGUGGCCAGCAAGUCAUAAACCCGGCUCAACUUCGCUACAUGGUAAGGAGAAUCACCUUGCCACUUGCUCAACAGAAUGGCUCCUUCUGGUCAGUGACAAUCAGCAGCGGCGGGUCAAAAGGUGCGAGCAAUUACUACUCGAAUCCGAAUGGAUGGCUCUACGAAGUGCUUAUCCACAUGCAUCGACCCAUGCCAUUCACCAAUGGGUUUGUCAGCCAUCCAGCCGACAUGAUGCAACACAUCACGCAAUCCUGCCUCCGCAAGGCUACACAAGUCAUUGGUGUGUUCAUGCGAUCGAGCAGUGAACCGCUCCCCAUGCUGGUGUUCCCUGUUCGAAAGGAAGAGAAUCUCGUUCUUUCUGACAGGUUCGCACACAUGUCAGGCGGCUGGGUACACUUCUCCGACACUGUGAUCACAGCGCAGCGCCUGAACAAAAAGGGAACCGAUCCCGUGGCAUACACCGUACACCACCGCCUGCUACUCGGAGACCGCGAGCUGAGCGAGGACUUGCACGAGCUUCGAAACGCUUACCCACCUGAGGUCCUUGUCCUCAUCAACAUGAUACUGAGGGAGCCGGACGGGUCCACUGCAACACAAGGUAAUUGGGAAUCUUGGGAGCGUUAUUGA